AUGGAGACUUCCACGAAUCAACUGAUCGACAUAGAACCAAAAAAAGCGUUAUACUUUGAAGGUCCAUUCACUGACAUUGUGACUUCUCACAUAUCACUCACUAAUCCACACGAAAGCACAGUAUGUUUCAAGGUAAAGACAACUGUACCUAAACGGUACUGCGUCCGGCCCAGCAGUGGAAUUCUGAAACCCAAGGAAAGUCUCAAUGUCGCUGUUAUGCUGCAACCGUUCAACUAUGAUCAACAGGAAAAGAGCAAACACAAAUUCAUGAUCCAAAGCAUGGUUUUAAAAGACGAGGAUCAGACCAAUUUAGAUCUAGUGUGGAAGGAAGCUGAUCCGGCUAAAAUUAUGGACUCGAAGCUGAUAUGUGUCCUUCGGAUGCCUGGCGAACUCGUCGUGGAGCCUAGUCAUGAACUGAUCUUUGAAGGCCCUUUCAAUAAAUCCGUGACAUCUACUGUUCAUCUUGCUAAUCCAUCUAGAGACCGAAUUUACUUCCAAGUCCAGGCAUCUUCUCACAAACUUUCAGCUGUUCCGACCUCCGGCGUUAUCGAUCCAAACCAGACACUGGAUGUACUGGUCAGUUGCAAACCACUUGAUUUUAGUGGUGCGGAUAAACCCCGCGAGCGCAUUAUGAUCAAAUCUGUGGUGCUUAAGGACUCCGAAUCCAGAUCACCAGAGGAGUUGCUAACUGGCAACCAGGCGUCGGAUACGUUGCUCAAAUGCAUAUUCAAUACACCUGGGCCAUUGUCAGCGGAUGAGCGGAUCAAGCCCACCCGACAGGCAUACUCAAUGGCCUCUGCUCCUGAUUCUGGUCCCAAUGCUAAAAUCCCCUCUAUUGAUGCACUUAUGGCUGAACUCAACACCUUACGGAAGGAGAAUAAACUACUCAAGGAAGCGGACAUACAACUUCGACGUACUGCUCUAUCAGAUACUUGUCUGAGUUCGGCUGCUGGUGGCGGUGCGGCCAUCGGACGACAAGGCGCGCUUGGAAUUUUGAAAUUGCUCUCUUAA